AUGGAUAAAUCCGUUGGUACCACUAUUGAGAAAAUAAAGCUGCAAGAACUAAACAAUGAAGCCAAAUUAAAAGAAAAGCGAGAACUCGAAGCAACAGUAGCGUCACUUAACAGGAAUCUACGUGAAACCAUUACACUGGUGGAGAAAUCAGAACAGGAACAAUCUGAGUUAACAAAAAGAAUCGGUAAACUUCGAUGCCAAGUGGAAUUGGCAAGAAUACGUCGUGACGCUUUAUUAACACAAAUUGACGCCUAUAAAAAUGAGUUGGAAGAGUUGAAAAAUAAAUCGGAUGAAGGUAUAUCGAGCGUUUGGUGCCUACGAUCGUCCAUAUGUCAUGCGGUACAAAAUGCGUCCGACAACUAUGAUAUUUGGGCUCUUCUUAUGAAACCUAUAACUGUUGAACCUUCACCACAAAUUAAUAACCCGUCAAGUGAUGAUCAACAUCAGGCUUUAGAAUUCGAAGGUAAACUAAAGGAAGCACUGCAAAGAAGGGAAAGUGCUCUCGCAGAGCGAGAACGCUUGUUGAAUGAGCCAGACACCGGAGAAGAAUUCAUACGAACCUGCUUUAGACGAAAUAACUUGAGAUUUUCUAGUCGUAAUAUUGAAAUUAAUGAAAAUGAGCCAAUAAAAUUCUCCACAAGUGGAGCAGCUAUAAAGAAGACUAUACAACCUAUUAAAAUUGUUAAAAAUAAUAAUAUGCCAUGGUAUCAACCAUACUGUGUUGUGGGCAGUGUUGCUAUAUUCCUUAUUUAUUUCUGUAUAUUAAGAGAAGAAAAUGAUGUUGAUAAUGAAUUCAAUAAGACACUUUAUGAAAGAAUCAAAGGUUUAGAAAAGCAUCAACUACUUUUAUCCUACAAAUUUAAUAAGGAAAAUGGUAAAAGUGUGGAAGACAUAGAAAAGAGACUCAAAGAAAUAGAAGAGGAAGAAUCAAAAGCGCAACUAUAA